AUGGAGUUUGAGGAGUCCGGUAUCGGCGAGGAGUGCGGGGUAUUCGGCUGUGUGGCGGCCGGAGAGUGGCCCACUCAGUUGGAGGUGGCUCAGGUGCUCACCCUAGGACUUGUGGCGUUGCAGCACAGAGGUCAAGAAAGUGCUGGGGUCGUCACAAGUGAUGGAGCCAGUCCACCGACAUACACAACCCUCAAGGGAAUGGGCUUGGUUAACAGCGCUUUCUCCCCUGAGGCACUCCUCAAACUGCGUUACGGCAACCUGGGCAUCUGUCACACGCGCUACUCCACCACUGGCAUGUCGGAGCUGCAGAAUUGCCAACCCUUUGUGGUGGACACCCUGCACGGCAAGAUAGCGGUGGCACACAACGGAGAGCUGGUCAACGCGCAUGCUCUGCGAAAAAAGGUUAUGCGUCAUGGUGUCGGCCUGUCCACCAGCUCCGAUAGCGAGCUCAUCACUCAGCUGUUGGCCUUCACUCCACCACUAGAGGAGUUAGACGCACCCAACUGGGUCGCCAGGAUUAAAAAUCUCAUGACGGAGACACCAACGUCGUACUCGCUGUUGGUGAUGUUCAAAGACGUCAUUUAUGCCGUGCGGGACCCCUAUGGAAACAGACCCCUCUGCAUCGGACGUGUGGUUCCCAUUUCCAAACUGCACAAAUCAGGUGGCAGUGAGGCGGACACUGAGGGCUGGGUCGUGUCCUCAGAGUCCUGCAGCUUCCAGUCCAUUGGCGCUAAGUAUUACAGAGAGGUCCUCCCGGGAGAGAUAGUCCAGAUAUCCCGACACGGAGUGAAGUCUUUGAGUGUUGUGCCUCGUCGUGAAGGGGAUCUUCCUGCCUUUUGCAUAUUUGAAUAUGUUUAUUUUGCCAGACCUGAUUCCAUUUUUGAAGGACAGAUGGUCUACACCGUCAGGCAGCGCUGCGGUCGACAGUUGGCCAUCGAGGCCCCAACGGACGCAGAUGUGGUCAGCACCGUUCCCGAGUCGGCCACCCCUGCCGCACUGGGUUAUGCCGAGCAGUCUGGCCUGCCCUACAUCGAAGUCUUGUGCAAGAACCGGUAUGUCGGGAGAACCUUCAUCCAGCCUAACACCCGUCUCAGGCAGUUGGGCGUUGCCAAGAAGUUUGGCGCCCUGACAGACAACUUUGCCGGAAAGCGGGUGGUGCUGAUUGAUGACUCCAUCGUCAGGGGCAACACCAUCUCACCCAUAAUAAAACUACUUAAGGAGGCGGGCGCAACAGAGGUCCAUAUCAGAGUGGCUUCUCCUCCCAUUAAGUUCCCUUGUUACAUGGGCAUCAAUAUUCCCACGAAAGAGGAACUCAUCGCGAACAAGCCAGAGUUCCAGGACAUCGCCGGAUACAUUGGUGCCGACAGCGUGCAGUACCUGAGUGUAGAUGGGCUGGUGACAGCGGUGCAGAAGGGAAUCGCCUCCCUGCAGAGUGGAGAGGUGAUUGAACCUACAUACAAGUCUGGUGGUAGGGUGGGUCACUGCACUGCAUGUCUGACUGGCAAGUAUCCUGUGGAACUGGAGUGGUAA